UGCCGCCCUGAUUUUGUAGAAUCAUCAUGCAGCAAUAAUGUUAGAUUAGGAUUUGUCUGUUGCCCUGAUUUUGUGGAAUCAUCAUGCAGCAAUAAUGUUACAUUAGGAUUUGUCUGCCGCCCUGAUUUUGUAGAAUCAUCAUGCAGCAAUAAUGUUAGAUUAGGAUUUGUCUGCCGCCCUGAUUUUGUAGAAUCAUCAUGCAGCAAUAAUGUUAGAUUAGGAUUUGUCUGCCGUCCUGAUUUUGUGGAAUCAUCAUGCAGCAAUAAUGUUACAUUAGGAUUUGUCUGCCGUCCUGAUUUUGUGGAAUCAUCAUGCAGCAAUAAUGUUAGAUUAGGAUUUGUCUGCCAUCCUGAUUUUGUGGAAUCAUAA